GCCGCUCCCCGCCGCUUCCUCGUCCCGCUAUAAGGGCCAGCGGUCAGCAGGCCUGCGACACUGCCCGUCCUCGCCGGACCGCCCCCUCCCGCUGGCUGGCUGCGAGCUCCUGGCCCGUCUCAGACAUGGCGUGCCCCCUGGACCAGGCCAUCACUCUCCUGGUGGCCAUCUUCCACAAGUACUCUGGCAAGGAGGGCGACAAGAACACCCUGAGCAAGAAGGAGCUGAAGGAGCUAGUUCAAAAGGAGCUCACCAUCGGCUCUAAGCUGCAGGAUGCUGAAAUCACACGCCUGAUGGAGGAUCUGGACAGGAAUAAGGACCAGGAAGUGAACUUCCAGGAGUACGUCACCUUCCUGGGAGCCUUGACUUUGAUCUACAAUGAAGCUCUCAAAUAAAACGGGAAGGCAGAGAUGCCCAUUGGGGACUUGUCUCAGUCACAUCCAGUGGUGGGUAGCUGUAUAAUAAAAAAAAUUUUUUUUUGGUCAAA